AUGCGCCUAGAGAUGUGCACCAACAACUUCUAUGAAAUGGUGGCAGUUGUGGAAGUUUUGAUGCAUGGAAAAGUUCAUGAAAGUCACCAAGAUCUUUUUUUAGAGCAGCGUAAGUUAAUGGGAGCACAUUUGAAUGUCCCCUGGAAAUAUUUAAGGAUAUAAAAUCGAUAUAGCAGAACAGCUGAUACUAGCUGAUCAUUAUAGAAAUGUCACAUUUUAAAAGAGUGAAACAAUUAAAAUUUAUUAUAAAAUAAAAGAGGAUUAAUUAUUAUUAAUUUUUUUUUGUUCACAUAAACCUAAAUUUGUAACGGUUACUUUAUAAAAUCCUUAAAAGUAGUUAAAUUAUAUUUUGCUAGAUGAUUGUGUUUUUUUUUUAAAACAUAAAUUGCGCAGCAGCCCAAAGCAUAAACACCAACCAACUCAAUGUGGUGUCAUGAUUGGGCUCUUAGAAUUUAUUUAUAUUUUUUAAAAAAUCAAAAUCAUUUUAAUAAUUAAUUUAAAAAAUGUUUUUUUCUCAUCCAGAGUUUGUUUGCCCAGGUCUUGGUUAUUAUGAGUUCCUCAAGAAAGAUUAUCUUCAUCAGAUCAUCUCUUGGCAGUUUUCUUCAGGCUGCUUUGGAGAU